CACUCCCUUGCCGCCCAGAUAUACUACGAGUAAGCAUCCACCAUUUGUCCGUCGCCACUAGCCACAGAAUCCAACGAAGAGAGAGACAGAGUACACUCCGCUCGCCGGCCGUUCCAUUUUCCUCCGCCCUCCCCGCCUUGUCCCGUUGCUGAGUUGCCGUCGGCUCGCCCGAAGCAGUUCGCCGCCGUUGAAGGACCAUCCCAGCUCGCUCGCCGCCAUGAAGAAGGUUGUGGUGAAGCUGGACGUGAACGACGACAGGCACAAGGCCAAGGCGCUCAAGGCCGUCUCCGGUCUCCACGGCAUCGACCAGCUGGGCGUGGACAUGAAGGAGCAGAAGAUGACCAUCGUGGGCACCGUCGACCCCGUCGCCGUCGUCGCCAAGCUGCGCAAGCUCUUCCCGGGCGCGCAGAUCUUCUCCGUUGGCCCGGCUAAGGAGGAGAAGAAGGACGACAAGAAGGACGGCGGCGGCGACAAGAAGGCCGGCGGAGACAAGAAGGACGGCGACAAGAAGGACGGCGGCGACAAGAAAGACGGAGACAAGAAGGACGGCGGCGACAAGAAGCCGGCCGUGCCGGUGUGCCCGCCCUACUGGUACCCGAUGCCGCCGCAGCCGCGCUACAUCGUCCACAGCGCCGAGGAGGACCCCAACUCGUGCGUCAUCUGCUGAACGACGCCGACGCGCCGCCGCCGCCCAUCCCCUGUACAUUUCGUCGCUGUGUACCCUACCUGUCUUCCUCUGCCGCCGCCGCCGCUGCCGGUGGUUGGUGGUUGCUGUACUCAUCAGCCUACCAGCCGCAGCGAUCGACGGCGUGCGUUGCAUUUACGUAUGCCACCGCGUAAUUACCAGUUGCGUUGCAUCGAUAGGUGCUGAUCGGCUUGUUUUUGGCAAGAUGUCGACUGCCGGGAUGCAGUGUACAUGCAUCUGCUGAUCAGCUUGUAGAGUGCGUACACGAGACUGAGAAGAACUAUAAAGAGAAAGAACUUUUCAUAGUAUGAAUUUCAGAAAACGCUGCCCAAGUGGUCUGAGAAGUACUUAUGUUUGUUCUCCCGAUGGCAAAAAAAGAGUGUAAAUCAGCACUAAAACCAUCGCGAUUCGCGUCAUAGGAGUGUAAUUAAAUUCAGCUCAGCUGAAUCAUGCGAAAUCGCACUAUGAUUGGCAUGGUUGUGUGAUGACUGUUGUGGCUGAGAUUCUCCCUGUUGUUACGGCUCGUUGAUAUUGAUAUUAAUUGUGUAGGCCUAAUAUUGUGCCUUCUUGUAACUUCGAAAA